UCAAGCACCAAAACACACAGCAAGGGAGAAGAAGGAGAACAGAAAGCCAUUCCUCUGUGGAGCUGAGCCCUCACAGCACUAAGCCAGACAGGCACUGAAGCUCGAUUUGGCAGUACCUGAGUGCCUCGAGACUCAAGUUUAGCUGUUAACUACUUUGAUUUCUUGGAUCUCUGGCUUGGAGCAGCAUACAAGGUCAACAUGGCCAUGCCAGAAAAGUCAAGUGAUGUCAAACCAACCGAGGAGUGCAGCAGUUUUCCUGAGAUUAUUGAACUCAAUGUAGGUGGCCAGGUGUACAUAACUCGAUAUCCUACUUUGAUCAGCAUUCCUGGUUCCCGGCUCUGGGAAAUGUUCAGUGUAAAGAAUCCUUGCUCACUGAUCCAGGACAACAAAGGGAGAUUCUUCAUAGAUCGAGAUGGUUUUCUCUUUCGCUAUGUCCUAGACUAUAUGAGAGACAUGCAAGUAGUGCUUCCGGAUCAUUUUCCAGAGUGUGGCCGGCUCCAUAGAGAAGCAGAAUACUUUAAGCUGCCAGAACUAGCCAAGAUGUUGGCUCCUAAAAUGAACAAGCUCAACUUAACUGGAAAUGACUCAUGUCCGAUUGAUCUAGAAGAGCUCUCACCCAGCAUUGACACAACAUUCAAUUUCUCUUCAACCAAUAGCAUUCAUAUUAGUGGCCCUGAUAAUCCCAUGGUUCUGACCGCUGCCCCUGGUUCUGAGCUCAAGAAGGCUGGUUUCAUCACUAUUGGCUAUCGAGGCUCCUAUACUCUGGGCAGGGACAGCCAAACAGAUGCCAAAUUCCGCCGUGUGGCCAGAAUCAUGGUGUGUGGUAAGAUCUCAUUAGCCAAAGAAGUGUUCGGAGACACUCUGAAUGAGAGCAGAGACCCAGAUCGCCCUCCAGAGCGAUAUACUUCUCGAUACUACCUCAAAUUUACUUUCUUGGAACAAGCUUUUGACAAACUAGCUGAUGCUGGCUUCCACAUGGUAGCAUGCAACUCCACUGGCACCUGCACUGUCACACAUGACCAAACAGAUGACAGGAUCUGGACCUCUUAUACUGAAUAUGUUUUCUAUCGUGAGUGACACUUAAAAUCACCCAGAAAAUAUAAACCCUCUGUUUCCAUGCCAACUGUCUCCUUUAGAAAUAGACACAUUAAUCACUCUAGGUUCGUGAGUGUUCUGUAUAAUAUUGAAAAUGCCACUUCUCUCAUCAUAACUACUUGAACCUUUGUUGGUUUUGUUCUUAUACAUCAUUGCAAUCCAUCUGUCUAUCUUCUUUGGACUGUGGAGUGAAAGGUGUGCAUCAGUAUAGAUAGUAGAGGUAAAUUUCUGGAGUGAAUGCUAUUAAAUAUAACCACUAAAUUACAUGUUUUGAGAACUAUUAAGCUAUGACUUCCAAGUUGUUUCUCAGUAAUAACCCACACUGAACUUGAUUAUGUACCUUGCUAUCUGUAUUCGUCUACAUAAAACCCUGUAUAGCUGGGCUGAGAUUAUAGUAGGUAGUGUGAAUGUGCUUUGCAAAUGUUUUACCAUGCUUAGUGGGAAAACUUGACAGCAGUCCUCUAGGAGGUUCAUAGAAAGGUGGACCAAUUCAAGAAUUAUUAAGGACUUUUGAUAGAUGCUAGACAAACAAUUGUAUGACUAUUAUUCUCAGUAAUAAAAGGCUUAGCACUCAAUUUGCUUUUGCAUGAAAAAGAUAGUAAGGAAGUAUUUCAUAGCUAUUACCUCAGUCAUAAGCAGCUGCGCCAUUAAAAAAAAAAACUGUCCUAAAAUACCUUUCACUAGAAUUAAAUGCAAACAAUGUAGGGAAGAAAACAAUGGAUAACCUUGCUUUGUGUAAGUAUAUACAUGUAUUAAUUAGUGUAGUUUCACUAGUCAAAUAAUUAGCUGUAUUUAUCCAUUGUUAACUUGUGUUGGUUGAUGCUGUGAGUGUGUGUUUUGCUUUUCUGGAGGUGGGGAUGGGAGAAGAGGAGAAGAAAGAAGAAAAUAACUAUAACAAAACAAAACACCUGAGAUUUAUCAUCUGACUCCCUGCCAAUGUCUUUGUAAUCAACCAGGUUGGAAGCAAGUAUUUAUUCUCAGAUGAGAACAUUGGUGACCUAAGUGAAUGAAUUAUAAAAGACCAUGAACUAGUUAAGAAAAAGAGGUUUUUAGGGCUCACUUUAGAGGAUCUUCCUCACCUCUGUAAAAGCUUUUAGCAAUCAAGUAGUCAGGUAGCCUUGUCUUUUCUUUAUUCUGUCCUUAACAUGCACCAUGCACCUUUAUUGUUUGCAUUGUCUUUUAACUCCUUUUCUAAUCAGGUCUUUUUAAGUUUCAAAGAACUAAAACUCACAUUAAAUGGCUUGAGAAAGAAAAAACUGUUCAUGUGUCAGUGAUGUGACUGUGUGAGCAUUUUAAGCUCACAUUUAUUUUUUUUUUCUGUUGAGUUUAAAGGAAAUAUAAACAAAUUAAGUCUCAGAGGAUCUGGGGAGCUGUCAAUAAUUGAUAUUCUAUCUUCUCUUUCAAAGGCUGUAUGAUUUUCUGUGGUCAUCUCCGAACCUCAUUGAUUCCAUAUUUCUCCAUGCCAUUCACAUUCUUUCUCACAAUUUAUAGGAGACCUAAACAGUAUGCUAGCCUUUCACUGAACGUCAACUCCCAGGCAUAUUCUCCAUACUUAACUUCUUUUGUUGUUAAUCCCAUUUUCUAAAUCCAAAUUAUCUCUGGUCUAGGACAGAAAGGCUGAGUGGUUGGUAGCUCUGUGGCUUGGACAGACAGUUAUUCACAUUACUACAUGGAUUAUCACAUAGUAGGCAUACAAUCAGUACAGCACUUCAGAUACCCUCUGGUCACUAACUCCUUUAGAGGUCAGUUGAAUACAGAAAUUAAGAUGCAGCACAUUUUAGAUGCUCUUAAAGAGAUGUUCCACAGUUUGUUUAUGUACCAUUCUCAUGGUUGUUGUCAUUUCCAUGCUCUCCCUACGAAGUUAAAUCUUUACAUUAGCUUACCUUUCUGUAGGUACAUUUACUAGCCUUAGCUCCUCUGGCAUGUUUCUAGUAUUACCAAAGUCUCAGUUGUCCCAUCUGCCCAGUAGAUAAGUGGUCACCAUUUAUUUAAAGUGGUGAGUGAAUAUGUUGCAUAAUACCGAAAGUGAAGGAGCUGUGCCCUGGUGACUUGUGAUGUAGUUGUCUACAGUUUGAUCUUUCAGAAAUAUGGCUAUCUUUUUAAAAUAGAGGACUUAUAAUGCCAUUUUUAUUUUUUUACUCUGUCAUCAAUUUCCAUUAUACUUGGUUCAAGAUUAUUUCUGAAAUGCUUGUCAUUUGCUCUUCAAAUUACUUUCUUUUCCACUCACAAAUAAUUUAAUGGAGGAAAUAAUGAAAAGAAAUAUAAAUUCUCUGGGGUUUGUUGUGUUAAGUGCUAAGAAGGCAUAAAACAGAAAAAUGCAUAGACUAAACAGGAGGCAGCUAAGAAUGUGACUGAAUAUUUGAGCUCAGCUGCCUUGGGUUUUUAGUGAGAGAGAUGCUCAUCAAUAAACACACUUAGAGUUGCUAAGUUUCUUGUUGGCAAAAGAAGAAACUGACUUUUUUAAGGAAAAAAAAAGGCCGUAAUUGGUUCAAAAAGUUCUGAAAGUAUAGAGAACCAUAUCUGAUGUUAUACAGCCAUGAGCAAUAUCCAGAAUUAUUGCUUGUUAGUGGUAAUCUGCUAUGAUUCUUGGGUAUUUGCUUGCUGCAGCUUGUACUAUCUACAUUAAUGGAAUUGUACACAAGUGCUGAAGCCUCUAAAACCUCCCUCUCUCUCUCUUCUCUCUCUGCCCUAGAGAUGUUGUACUCAGAAGGAAAUUGCUGUAGGUUCAGAAUACCAAUACUCUUUAGCUAGACUUGUGGCUCCCAAACUUUAGUUUAGCUCCUUAACUGUAGGUGACUCUGUCAACCUUUUGUUACCAUGCUUUUCAGCCCCUAGAGUCUCAACUCCUAUCUUCAACUUAUCAGAGUCUCUUGCUGCCUCAAUACUCCUGCCUUCCUUCAUAGUGAUAGACUAUCACACUGUCUACCUUCACUUUCUCUAUGGAACUCUUAGUUGCCUCUUGAUAUUACAAUUCCAAUCUUUGGGAACCAGGGUUCUUAGUUAAGGGUGAUUCUCUAGAAUGUUGCUAUCACCUCUUACUUGUCAUUGCCACUGCCAAGGCUAAAAAGCAAAAUAUAAAUACAACCUGUUCAGCCUUCUCUAUGAGUACAAAAUACCACAAGCUGGUAUAGAGACUAAUCAGUGUAUGGCUACACUCAUGAAAUUUCAACAACGUGAACAACUGAACAAGUUCAACACAAUGACAAUACCAGUUGCCAUGCCUGACUGGAUUGGGGAAAUCUUACAAGGCUCAUCACCAGAUGAAGAACUACAGGCAAUUAAUGGUUGCUAAGAGAGGCUGAACUAGUCUUCUUCAGGGACAGAGCCCUGAUGGGUUAUUCAAUCCCAAAUACUAAACACAAAUACAUACGACCAAUACUAAAUGGACAGCAGAUUGUAUUUCUUUAAACACAUGUGUAUGUAAAUAAAUAUAUAUGUAACAAUCAUAAUUAAAAAAGACAUUGUGAAUUUGAGAGGGAGUUGGGAGGAAUUGGAGGGAGAGGGGUGGAAAUGAUGUAAAUAGAGUACUCAUGUAUGAAAAAAAUCAGAAUAAUAAAAAGUAUAUAAACCCA